GUUUAGUGUACGUUCUUUAGUAAGUUGCACAAAAUGUCGUGGUCAUCGACACAGGUAAGAAAGAAAGUCACGUUGAUGAUGAUCUCGUCAACAUUUUCCAGUGCUAGUUAAGUUGUAGAACUAAACUUUAAGAAAACAAGCACAAAAACUUAACAAGAACAAAGACAAUGCCAGACGCAUGUGAUUCGACGGUGUUGCGUCGAACGCGGCAUGCUGAGCGACGCUUGGAGCGUUUGCUGAAUGCGCCGCUUGGCAAACGUCGGAAUUCGGAAGAUCCUCUUGAAGAGCUUCUAGAGGAGGAAGUUUUUUCCCCAUGCCGCAACAACAGAAAUCGCAAGCGAACCAGACGAUGUGAAGAUGAAGAAGAGUUUACUCCCAGUAAGCCGAAGAUCAGGGAUCAUGAGGAGGACAUCAAAAGUGUACUAAGUGCUGUUUCGAGUAAGAAGUGUAAUACAACUUCUAGUCGAACAACUACAAGCUUGGACUUGGUAGGAGGUGUAGUAGAUCAACAACAGAUGAUGAGAGGGCUUCUUGUCUCGAAGGAAGACACAACACCAAAGCAACAAUUAGAAGGUGACGAACAGGAGGCGAGCUCGGUUCAGGAACAGGAUCUUUCAGAUGAAAGGGGUAACAGCAGCCUGUUUCAUAAUAAAUAUAGAAGCUUGCACCUCGCUGGCGCCGAGGAGCAGGAUGAUUGUCCGAGGCAGCACAAAAAAAGCAAAAUCCAAACUACUAGAAGUGCUGCUAGUAGUUUAGAUGAUGCGCCAGGAGCAGGAGCAGCCGCUUCCUCGUGUACAACAACAACUUCAAGGUCGUCUGGCUACAACCGUGAACAACAUCGUCGUGUGCCUCCACCUCUUAGUUGUGCAGCACCGCAAACACCUGAACCGCAGCUGAAAAAUGUACCUGUAAAUGACGACCUUCAACCGGUUGAGUUGGAUUUUUCAGCCAAAGCGUUAGAAAGCAAAAAACUGAGGUAGUACAUCAUCUUAUCUUUAAAUCUGUAUCUUGUUCUUGUUCGGAGGAAAAAGGAAUAAGAGGAGGAUCAAGAAGUAGAAGUACUUAUAAUGUCCUCAUCAAGGAGUAGGAGAUUAUUUCUUAGCCAUCGGAUGCGGAGAUGUUAUUGCUAGGUACUAUGCUUUUUAGUAACUUUCAUCAUGUUGAUGUUCGCAAGAGCACAAAUUUCUCCAGGUUCGCAAGCGAUUCUGAGGAGAGCCCUAAGAAUCGACGAUUUGGAGACGGCGUUUUCACACCCUCGCCGUCGCCCUUGGAUGCCCCUACGCCAAUGUCCUUGCCGAAGACAAAAGGCCGCGAGAAUGUCGCCACCGGGCCAUUCCAUAAUAAGAAAAAAAAGCUGGUACAACUACAUCACAAAUAAUUUGCUUCGAGGUAGUAGAUAAUCUGAAGAGUAGGGUUCGAGGGAGUAGAUCAUUGAGUAGAUGUAGUAGUGUCUAGUUGUGACACUGAGAAUUUUUGAUCCGAAUUUCUAUGAAAAUUUUUGAUUUCUCUUUCGUAGAAAUUGGAAUUUGGACGAUCUCCAGCAUCUCUUUUUCAGAUCAUGGGCGGCGCAGAGGCGGAAGACCAUGUCCGAAAAGGCAGCAGCGACAAGAGUGCUGCUCGUUCCUCUAGAAAGGAGCGACGCCGUCAGCAGUUCGGAGACGCUCGCAAACGCCUGGACACGACUGAGGGCAUGUGA